AUGGUCAAGGUUUUAAUUCUCUUCUACUCUACAUAUACUCACAUCUUUAAAUUGGCUGAGGCCAUUGCUGAAGGAGUUUCCAUGGUGGAAAAUGCUCAAGUGACACUCAAGAGAGUGCCAGAAACUCUUCCGAAGGAAGUUUUGGAAAAGAUGGGUGCAUUAGAUGCUCAAAAAGCAAUGGAACACAUUCCAAUUGCAAGUUAUGAUGAAUUACCUCAAUAUGAUGCCAUUAUCUUUGGAACACCUACUCGUUUUGGAACAAUGGCUUCUCAAAUGAAAACCUUCCUCGAUGCCACAGGUCAGAUUUGGACGAAUGGAGAAUUAAUUGGAAAGGUUGGAUCUUUCUUUACAUCCUCUGCAACACAACAUGGUGGGCAAGAGGUUACUGCAUUAAAUUCCAUGAUUCCACUUCUCCAUCAUGGUAUGAUCUAUGCAGGUGUUCCAUUUAUUCCUGAGCUCAUGACAAUUGACCAAAUUGAAGGUGGAUCUUGUUACGGAAGUGGAACUAUUGCUGGUGGAGCAGGUGAAAGAAUGUUAUCUGCUGCAGAGAAAGAGAUUGCCAAAGCUCAUGGUAAACACGUGACAUCGAUUGCCAAGAAAAUAGUGGAAUACAGCCCAUUGAAAAUGGAAACAAAAUCUGAACAAGUUGUCUUGUCAACAACAAGUGAACAACCAAUUGCAAAGCCAACAUCAAAUAGUACUAAUAAUACAGUAGUUAGCACAAGUACUGCAGCAACAACUACAGUGGAACCAAGUAAGCAAGCGCCAGUCCAAGAGAAGAGCUCAACUAAUACUACGAAUGCUAAAGAACAAUCUGCAGUGAAACAGGAACAGAAAAAAGAAAGCUCUUGUUGUUUAAUUCUGUAA